GUUCAGUCAACAACGUUUUCGGAGAGUUUGCGGUCGUUUUAAGAAACGCGUUUAAUUGUAAUAAAAAAUCUAACUAUAAGAAUUUAAUAUCGGAUAUAUAAACAAAAAAUCAAACUGUUAUAUUAAUUUCUAUCAAUAAAAGUGUUAAGUGUCAAUAAAUAUUAAAAUAAGAUAAAAUUAAAGUCUAAAAAACUAAAACAAAAUGCCGCAGCAUUCUUAAUUAAAACAAACGAAAAUCUAGACAAAACAAAAUAAGCAAAAAUCACAUUACAGCAAUUUAAGUGAAAAGAAAAGCAACAAAAUAGAUUUUUAGCUUAAAUAAUAACUAAAAAAGACAUUUUCAGUUCUUCUUCAGUUCAUUGGUUUUUUAAGCAAGAUUUGUGGAAAUGUAUUAAUAACUAAUAAUUUGAUACAACAAAUAGUUAUAUGUGAAAUGUGUACAAUUGUAAUUGGGAAAAUGCAUUAGAAAUUCUAAGUGAAUAGUGAUUUACAAGUGAAUGAUUUAUAAAAGCACAUGUCUGGAAGCAGAUCAAAAAAACUAAAAAGUCGUUUUAAAAAAUGUAUUUAAAGAAUUCUACUUAAAUUGAAACGAAACAUAAUUUUUUUUACAAAAUUGACAAGUAACAACUAAAAAACAACAAAUUGGCUGGCUUAAAAGGCCUACAAUUUAGUAAGCCAUGGCUUACGACGACAAUAAGUCAUAUCUAUCAACAACAAAAACAUCCACAUCAACGACAGCAACAAUUGCCACAAAUAUUUUGGCUUUAAGACUUUUAAAUUGCCAUAAAUUGUCAAAUUUACAAAAGUCAAAGAGCAACCAUAACAACGAGCUGAAUCGAGCAAACGACAAGGAAGUGGAGGAGAAGGAGGAGCUAAAUAAGGAGGUCAUUAGCAAUUUUAAAAUACAUAAAAAUACAAUAAAAUCUCAAAAUGUGACAAAAUGUACACAUUUAAUUGCAACAACUAAUAAAAAGUAUUUGCCGCAACAAAAAAUUUCCACCAUAUUAAAACCAUUAACAACAACUGCAGCAAAAACAACAACAUUGUCAUCAUGUAAUGAAACAAAUUUAUCUUGUUUUUGCGUUUCCAAUAACAGCAAUUCCAACACAUCCACAUCAUCAACUACCACCACCUCCACCAUAUCUGCCAAUAACAAAAAACACCUUAGUACCGUCAUUAAACCAACAACAACCAUUACAACCACAUCAUGUACACCAAAAAUAAGAACAACAACAGUAGCAGCAGCAGCAGCCGCAGUAACAGCUUCAACAAAAACAACACAAAUUUCUAUUACAACUUGGAGCAACACCUUUAACUGCACAUCGUUACGUUUCAUUAUCUUAGUUUUAUAUUUAAUUUUAACGAGCUGUGUUGGCGUUAGUUUGCAAUUAAAAAAUGUACAUACGAGUCUAACAUCUGUAUCGUCAUCAUUAUCGUCGUCUUCCACCUUCUAUAAUACACCUGCCACCCUACUCUUCACCACAUAUCAUGACAUACAGGUGGCAAAUAUAACAAAACCCACCGGUGGACCACAAAUAGAUGUUCUUGUCAAAGAUCUCACCGAAACAAUGGCCAUUGAUUUUUACUAUGCAAAAAAUUUAAUCUGCUGGACCGAUUGUGGUCGUGAAAUAAUCGAGUGUGUUAAUGUAAAUACAACCGGGUCGAUAUUGAAGGCACCCAAACAAACUGUGAUAUCAACUGGUUUAGAUAAACCGGAAGGUUUGGCCAUUGAUUGGUAUACGGAUAAAAUCUAUUGGACAGAUGGUGAAAAGAAUCGCAUAGAGGUGGCAACGCUGAAUGGUAAAUACCAGAAAGUAUUAUUUUGGACAGAUCUCGAUCAGCCAAGAGCCAUAGCUCUAGUACCUGCUAAGAAAUUCUUGAUAUGGACAGACUGGGGUGAAUAUCCGAAAAUAGAAAGGGCCAGCAUGGAUGGUGACCCCCUAACACGCAUGACUUUGGUUAAAGAUAAUAUAUUUUGGCCAAAUGGUUUGACGGUGGAUUUAAAAAAUGAUUUGAUUUACUGGGCCGAUGGCCAUUUGAAAUUUAUAGAUGUUAUGAAACUAGAUGGCAGUAAUCGUAGGAAUAUUGUUAAUAAUCUAAAAUAUCCCUAUAGUUUGACCUACUUCGAUAGUCGUCUUUAUUGGACAGACUGGGCUCAGGGUUCGUUAAAUGUUUACGAUUUGAAAUCUAAGGAAAUGAAAGAGUUGAUAGAUACCCCAGAAGCUCCCAAUUCCGUACGCACUUGGGAUCCCUCUCUGCAGCCCUAUGAAGAUAAUCCUUGUGCCCAUAAUAAUGGCAACUGUAGUCAUCUUUGUUUACUAAGCACUAAUGCUCAAGGUUAUAGUUGUGUUUGUCCUACUGGCGUCAAGCUGAUAUCGGAGAAUACUUGUGCCAAUGGUUCCCAGGAAAUGCUGUUUAUAGUGCAAAGGGGGCAGAUCAGUAAAAUUUCCUUAGACUCACCGGAUUUCACCAUAUUUCCCCUGCCUUUGGGGAAGGUAAAAUACGCCAUAGCUAUUGAUUAUGAUCCAGUGGAUGAGUAUAUUUAUUGGUCUGAUGUGGAAGCUUAUUCGAUUAAAAGGGCUCAUCCGGAUGGUACCGGGGUUUCAGAUUUUGUUACUUCCGAGGUAAGACAUGCUGAUGGCUUGGCGGUAGAUUGGUUGGCUAGAAAUCUUUAUUGGACUGACACUGUUACUGAUCGUAUAGAAGUAAUGCGGUUAGAUGGUUCGGCUCGUAAGGUUUUGGUUUAUGAACACUUGGAGGAACCUAGAGCAAUUGCUUUGGCACCCACUUUGGGUUGGAUGUUUUGGAGUGAUUGGAAUGAAAAGAAACCGAAAGUAGAGCGGGCCUCUUUAGAUGGCUCUGAGCGAGUGGUUUUGGUGUCAGAAGAUUUAGCCUGGCCUAAUGGUAUAGCUUUGGAUAUAGAAGCUAAAACUAUUUACUGGUGUGAUGGCAAGACAGAUAAAAUAGAAGUGGCCAAUAUGGAUGGUUCUGAUAGACGUGUGGUUAUAAGUGAUAAUCUUAAACAUCUGUUCGGCUUAAGUCUGUUGGAUGAUUAUUUGUAUUGGACCGAUUGGCAAAGAAGAUCCAUAGACAGGGCUCACAAGAUUACCGGCAAUAAUCGUAUAGUGGUGGUGGAUCAAUAUCCCGAUUUAAUGGGUUUAAAGGUGACGCGUUUAAGAGAGGUAAAAGGCACUAAUGCUUGUGCCGUACGCAAUGGCGGCUGUUCGCAUUUGUGCUUAAAUCGUCCUAGUGAUUAUGUCUGUCGCUGUUCCAUAGAAUAUGAAUUGGCCAAUGAUAAGAAAACGUGUGUUAUACCCGAGGCUUAUUUACUGUUCUCCAAACAAGAAUAUAUUGGACGCAUUUCCAUAGAAAAUAAUGAGGGUAAUCAUAAUGAUGAGAAAAUACCCUUUAAAGAUGUACGCUAUGCCCAUUCUCUCGAUGUGGAUGUAGCCGACAAACGUAUCUAUUGGACGGAUCAAAAAUCUAAAUGUAUUUAUCGAGCUUCAUUGAAUGGUUCCUAUGUUCAGCGCAUAGUGGAUGCUGGUAUUAUAAGACCCGAGGGUAUAGCGGUAGAUUGGUUGGGUCACAAUAUUUACUGGACCGAUUCGGAAGCUAGACGCAUAGAAGUGGCUCGCUUGGAUGGUAGCAGUCGUAGAGUUUUAUUAUGGAAAGGAGUAGAAGAACCUAGAUCUUUAGUUUUGGAACCACGUAAAGGUUAUAUGUAUUGGACCGAGUCGCCCUCAGAUUCCAUAAGAAGAGCAGCCAUGGAUGGCUCGGAAUUGCAAACUAUUAUCUCCAGUGCCAAUCAUGCUACCGGUUUAACUUUGGAUCCAGAAACUAGACGUCUCUACUGGGCUACUCAGUCCAGGCCCACUAAAAUUGAGUCUGCCGAUUGGGAUGGCAAAAAAAGACAAGUUCUAGUGAGUACAGAUGUAGAUGAACCCUAUGCCGUUUCCCUGUAUCAAGACUAUGUUUAUUGGAGUGAUUGGAAUACGGGAGAUAUUGAAAGAGUCCAUAAGAUUACCGGACAAAAUCGCAGUUUGGUACACAGCGGCAUGACUUAUAUCAGUUCCUUGGUGGUAUUUUAUAAUCAAAGACAAGUGGGCACUAAUCCUUGUAAAUUGAAUAAUGGUGGUUGUUCCCAUUUGUGUUUGGCUUUACCUAGCCGGAGGGGCAUGACUUGUGCCUGUCCUACUCAUUACACCUUGGCCAAAGAUAAUGUUUCCUGUAUACCUCCUAAGAAUUAUAUCAUCUUUAGUCAGAGAAACAGUUUUGGACGCCUAAUGCCUAAUACUACAGAUUGUCCCAAUGUGCCAUUGCCGGUAACAGGCAAAAAUAUACGGGCGGUGGAAUAUGAUCCCAUAACACAUUUUGUUUACUGGGUGGAGGGCCGCAGUCAUAGUAUUAAAAGAGCCUUAGUUAAUGGCACUAGAGCUUCGGUUUUGGUAGGUUCUGGUUCUCAACCUUUCGAUAUAGCCAUAGAUGUUAUAGGCCGUUUACUGUUUUGGACCUGUUCCCAUUCGAAUAGCAUAAAUGUUACCAGUUUUGCUGGCGAUUCUAUAGGAGUCAUAGAUACUGGCGACUCGGAGAAGCCUCGUAAUAUAGCGGUACACUCCAUGAAACGUUUAUUGUUUUGGACCGAUGUGGGUAGCAAACAAGCCAUCAUACGUUCACGGGUAGAUGGAGCUGAACGUGUAGUUUUAGCUUUUAAGCUAGAAGGUGUUACCGCCUUGGCUGUGGACCAACAAAUUGAUAUGAUUUAUUAUGCCCAUGGCAAGCGUAUAGAUUCCAUGGAUAUCAAUGGCAAAAAUAAAAAAAUUUUGGUUUCCACCCACAUAUCUCAAGUCAUAUCUAUAGCUGCUUUACAAGGUUUUGUUUACUGGCUAGAUGACAAAACCGGGGUGGAGCGCAUUACUAUUAAUGGUGAGGGUAGAAGAGCAGAAAUGCAGCGUAUGCCACAAAUUACCGAUAUAGUGGCGGUUUGGACUCCAGAAUCAAAAUUGUUUAGAAAUCAUACGUGUCUACAUGCCCGCACCAAGUGCUCCCAUAUUUGUAUAGCUUCAGCUGAAGGCCGUAGUCGUGAAGUAUGUUCUUGCCCUAAAAAUCUAAUGCUUUUGGAAGAUGAACAAAAUUGUGGUGCCUUGCCGGCCUGUGGACCUGAUCAUUUCACCUGUGCUGCCCCAGUGGCUGGAGGAGGAGCUAAUAGUGAUAUGAAUAAGGAUUGUAUACCGGCCUCAUGGCGUUGUGAUGGGCAAAAUGAUUGUCCCGAUAAAUCCGAUGAAGUGGGCUGUCCCUCAUGUCGACCAGAUCAAUUCAGUUGCCAGUCGGGAGAAUGUAUAGACAAAGCUUUAGUUUGUGAUGGCACCACCAAUUGUGCCAAUGGACAUGAUGAGGCCGAUUGCUGCAAACGGCCGGGAGAGUUCCAAUGUCCUAUUAAUAAGCUUUGCAUAUCAGCUGCUUUGUUGUGUGAUGGCUGGGAUCAUUGUGCUGAUGGAGCUGAUGAAUCAGCUGACAUUUGCUCCCAGGCCAAUACUAGACGCAUGGCUCCUUCCUCGGAUAAAAAGGCUUUUAUGAUUUUAAUAGUGGCCACCAUGAUUACUAUAUUUUCCAUAGUUUAUUUAUUACAAUUUUGUCGCACACGUAUAGGUAAAAAUCGCAAUGAACCCAAGGAUGAUCAAGCCUCGGAUCCUUUAAGUCCUUCUACACUAAGUAAAUCGCAAAGAGUAUCAAAAAUUGCCUCUGUGGCCGAUGCAGUGCGCAUGUCUACUUUGAACUCACGCACCAGCAUGAAUUCCUAUGAUCGUAAUCAUAUAACCGGAGCCUCUAGUUCUACCACAAAUGGCUCCAGUAUGGUAGCCUAUCCCAUUAAUCCACCACCCUCUCCAGCUACCCGCUCAAGGCGUCCAUAUCGCCAUUAUAAAAUUAUUAAUCAACCACCCCCACCUACACCCUGUUCCACCGAUAUUUGUGAUGAAUCCGAUUCGAACUAUACCAGCAAAUCGAAUAGCAAUAAUAGUAAUGGCAAUACCAAAUUAUCCUCUUCCUCAGCCAAUGCCAAUUCCUGUCUACAGUACGGCUACGAUAGUGAACCCUAUCCACCACCACCUACACCACGUUCUCACUAUCACAGUGAUGUUAGAAUAUUACCUGAAUCCUCUUGUCCUCCUUCGCCUAGCUCAAGAUCUUCUACAUACUUUUCACCACUGCCUCCACCACCCUCACCGGUACAAUCACCUAGUCGAGGUUUCACGUAACAGUUUGAAAUUUUUAUGUAAGUUCUUUUUUUAGUUUAGGUUUUUUUUUAUGUUAUCUUAAAACUUUAAGGCUUCCAAAUUUUAUUUAAACCCCCUUUUAUAAGUUUUGUUGUAAAUACUUUAAUGAAAAUUUAACCUAAAGUAUUAAUUUAUAAUUGUAUAUAACUUUUCUUAAUUCUUAAAUGAAAUUAGAUUUAAAAUGUAAAUGUAAUUUAUCUAAAACAAACAUAUCCAUUUGAGGAAAUUUUAAUUUUAAUAAUUGAGGCCAUUUCUUAAACCUAUUAAACCCUCCACCCUUUAAAAGGUAAACAAAUCUUAAACCCCUUUUUAAACAACGAAUGAGAAAAUAAACAUUAGACUUGAAAAAUUAAAAAGUAAAAGAAAUGCAAUUAAAAUAUUAUAACAGAUAACAAAAGUCUUUAAAAUACAUAUUAAAAACAAAACGUAAUUGUCAAAUAAUUUAAACUUAGUUUUAUACAAACUCAAACAAAUUUCAUAAAUUUGAACAGAAUUUAGAAAAAAAAUCUUUAAAUUUAACAAAAUUUUUAAUUUGUUUAUAAUAAAUGUUUUUAGUGGUAAUAUUCAACUCAAUUCCACAAGGCCAUGGGUUUGUAAUUGACAACAGAAACAAAACCUUUAUUAAUAGACUGUCUAUUUUAAUUGUAAUUUAAAAAUGAUAAGUAUCGAGUAUAACAACUAAAACGGGAUUAAUUAAUUUAAAGAAAAAAAAGGAAAAAAAUGUUCAAAUUUAAAAAAAUAAUGUGCCAAAUUUAAACAAAUAUAAUACUUACUUCAAACUUAUUAUAACUUAUAGAUAAACAAACAAAUAUCAUAAAGAAACCUACAAGCAAUUUUUAAGUUAAAAUUUAUUUAUAAAAAUCCAGGCAUGGAAAAUUUUAAUUUUGAAAUAGUACUAAGGUUUUAAUAAAAAUAGUA